UAAACUUUGUCUGCCCCGAAUUUCCCUUUGUAGAUUACAAAGAUUAAGAGAGAGCCUUUUAAGUCCUGGUUAGCUGUUUUUAAGAACGCACUCUUUGGCGUGGGCUCGACUUCGUUUUAAGUUUUUAAAAAGCCUAGCCGUCAGAGGUAGCUACACUGAGAAGUUGCGAUAAGAAGUGGCACUUUUUUGUUUAGUUUGGACUGGUUGUGAAUGGAUUUUAAAUCUCCAACGUUUUCCGAACUUGUCGUGGCAGGGGAUGGGUAUAUGAGUUGUCUGUGUGCCGUUGAUCGGUCUUCCAAAAGCGUGUUAAAUGGGGAUUUUCUCUUCUGUGGCGAAGCUGCCUUGAAAUCGGAAGCGCCCGAUCCGCUAGGCAGACGACCAUGGACCGAGCAAGAGACAGACACCUGCAACCUGCUGCUCGGGCUGCCGGGCUGUAGCCUCCACCCCACCAUGGCACACGCCGGUAGGACCAAAGAUGGGGAGCGCGUCGUUAACCGAGGUCUCUCUGGCACAGCUGUAAUGGACGGCAGCAAUGGCACAAACAACUGUCCCACUGAAAUGGGUGUACAGGCUAUAGUCCCAGCUGGUUCUGAUAUUCAGGACCAUGAAAACUGCAAAGCAAGGAUGCCGUGUUCUCACUCCCUUCCGAGUUACAAACCCAAUUUGCACUUUACUGGACACAGGGAGGAAGAUAGGCAGAGCCUUGCUUCCCAGGAUUCAGGUAUUCCCACGCUGGAAAUCAGUAACCCAGAGCCCAUACACUGCAGCGGAGUGAACGCUAAACCAAACCACAGCAAUGGCGGGUUCGUGUACGAUCCAGUGUUGCUAGGUUCCGGCAUAAUGCCGGUGGAAUCCCAGGGCCCAGCUACACUGAACCUGGAAUCGGAGAGCAGCAUGAAGAAGUCCUCCACGUUCCCGCGCAGCGGCUACGACACGGUGAAGCUCUUCAGCCCGUCUUCCCGGGCCCUCAACAGGAGUGACGACAUCUCCGUGUGCAGCGUCUCCAGCCUCAGCACGGAGAUGUCCACCACGCUGUCUGUCAGCAACGAGGACAUCCUGGACUUCAUGGUCACCAGCGACUCGAGUGCCAUCGUGAACCUGGAGACGGACGAGGCCAACUUCACCGACGUCACCCUCUCCUCUCCGCAGGACCUCGGCAGCGGCAGCCCUCAUUGCCAGCAGGGAUUUCCUCCCCAGGAGGAGCCCCGGCAAAGGAAACUGGGGCCCCUGGCCAGCUUCUUCACCAGGAGUUUGUUUGCUAAGAAAUUAAAGGAGACCAGGCCCUUGGAGCAGAGCGAGCCUGGGUGGAAACUGUUUGGAAAAGUGCCCCUGCGUGAAGGAUCGGUCAAGGACCCAAAGAAGGUACAGAAGGAAUAUGAAGCAAGAAGUGGACGACCUCACAAUCCCCCUUCUCCUAAACAGAGUGUGAGGAAGAACCUGGACUUUGAGCCUCUGUCAACCACAGCACUUAUCCUGGAGGACAGGCCAGCGAACCUGCCUGCAAAGCCUGCAGAAGAAGCUCAGAAACACAGACAGCAAUAUGAAGAGAUGGUUGCCCAGGCAAAGAAACGAGAAAUGAAGGAGGCUCAGAAGAGAAAGAAGCAGCUGGAAGAGAGGUGCAAACUGGAAGAGAGCAUCACCAACGCUGCUCUCACCUGGAAUCAGGAAAUUCUGCCCAACUGGGAAACCAUGUGCGGUGCCAGGAAGGUGCGGGAGAUGUGGUGGCAGGGGGUGCCCCCAAGUGUGCGUGGCAAGGUGUGGAGCUUGGCCGUGGGCAACGAGCUGAACAUCACUCACGAACUCUACAAUAUUUGUCUGGCACGAGCCAAAGAAAAAUGGAAAUCCCUGCCAGCAUCUGUCCCAGAAUCCGAAAAUGGAGAUACUGCAUCAUCCUUAGCAGACAGAGAGGCAAGUCUGGAACUUAUAAAAUUGGACAUAUCCAGAACAUUUCCUAAUCUCUGUAUUUUUCAACAGGGAGGUCCUUAUCAUGACAUGCUGCACAGCAUUCUGGGAGCAUACACCUGCUACCGGCCUGAUGUGGGAUAUGUGCAGGGCAUGUCUUUCAUUGCGGCAGUGUUGAUUCUCAACCUUGACACGGCUGAUGCCUUCAUCGCUUUUGCUAACCUGCUGAAUAAGCCGUGCCAGAUGGCCUUCUUUCGAGUGGAUCACAGCCUUAUGUUGACCUAUUUUGCAGCAUUUGAAGUGUUCUUUGAAGAAAAUCUACCAAAGCUGUUUGCACACUUUAAGCAGAAUAACUUAACCCCAGAUAUAUAUUUAAUUGACUGGAUUUUCACGUUGUACAGCAAGUCCUUGCCUCUGGACCUGGCUUGCCGUGUCUGGGACGUUUUCUGCCGUGAUGGGGACGAGUUUCUCUUUCGCACGGCCUUGGGCAUCUUGAAGCUUUACGAGGACAUUCUUACCAAAAUGGACUUUAUCCACAAUGCCCAGUUCCUUACCAAGCUGCCAGAGGACAUCUCACCAGAUGAACUGUUUAUAGCCAUCGCUUCCAUUCAGAUGCAAAGCAGGAAUAAGAAGUGGACUCAGGUACUUCAGGCGUUGCAGAAGGACUACCGUGAGCAGGAGCGAGGAAGUCCUGUAUUAAAGCGCUGAGGUUCAAAAAAAGACAUUAAAAUGAGGAACAACUUGUUGAAACGUAGAGCAGGCUCUGACACUGGAUCCUAAUGUAUUGUAAAGCUUAAAGAAUCUCAUCUGGAGAACUUAUUAUGUAGUCUUCACACUGGACUUGGCCUUAACCUGUGUAUAUUUUACCAAGAACUUAAGCCUUAAACCUUCUUUACCUUGUCCAGUUACAACAUCUGGAGUACAGGUGUUUAAGAAAUGUCAGAAUGUAAACCUUCCAUCUUUUAAUCAAGUUUUAUACUGAAAAUGAUGCGAAUUCCAAAAUGAACUUCCUUUCCUUUGGGCAUUUUUCCUUUUUUGUUGUCUGUUGACUGUGGUUUGAAAUGUUUGUUACAUUUGAUUUUGUCGGCAUACAUUAUUCAUUGAAGGGCCAAGGGAAUGGGUACAAACAGGUGAGAGGUAAGAGUUUAAAUUUGCAAGGCAUUUAGGCGUUUGUACAUUUGUUCACGUUGCUCAAGGUACUGUAGUUGGCAGUCCAAUUACUGGAAUAAGUGGUGACAAUUCAGUUUUUGUCUGGGUGUUGUAAGAAACACUGAGGAAAAAGAAAAUCAAGUUUUUGUGCCGUGUGAUUCAAGUUCCUUUUCAGACUCAGAGCUUGAAGUGCUUGAAAUUGCGGAUGAAGUUUUAAACCCAAAGUGGUACGUAGAGAAUAAGCAAUGCAAAAACUAAUUUAGAGUAAGUGCUUCUGUAAAGCAUGUGUGCUGCCUCUUUUUUGCACGGUUAACUUUUCAUGUGACGUUUUUCAUUCUAAAUGUUAUUUCUAUAUUUCUUUUCAACUUUACAUGCUGUAAUUCAUUGUUGCUUUUAUACGUCUGAAUGUGUUUGAUUAACUCAUUAUUUAUGUGCUGAGGUACUUUUCAGUGUGGCAGUUAUUAGCUUCUGAAAAAAUGUACAAUUUUCUAUGUAUAGUAUGAUCUGUGUUAAUGUUGAA